AUGGCUAAUUUAUCUUCUGUGUUCAGCUCCUCUCAGGAUGUACAUGUCUCAGUCAUAAACACACAGAGAUUCAAGUCACCAAUUACUAUUACCAGUACAGCCCAAACACCCUCAGCAACACCUGUUAACAGUAGAGUCAAAUCUCCCCCAGCAAUACCUGUUACCACUACAAGCAAUACUCCCUCAGCCGCAGCAGAACCACCGAAACCAAUAGGAUCUAACUCAGACAAACAUUUACAAGGUCUGACCAGUGUUGAUAGAAGUACAACUCAAACGAAUGGAAUAACAACCAACAUGGAAGGGUCUAUGGCUGAGAUGUCUUCUGCAUUCAGCUCCUAUCAAGACGUACAUGCCUUGGUUAUAAACAAAGAGACACACAGACACAAGGAGAUACAAGAUACAGCUACUACGCUAGGAUCUGUGACUAAUAUAUCUCGUGCCUUCAGCUCCUACCGAGAUGUACAUGGCUCAGUCGUAAACACACAGAGACACAAGUUACCCAUGCCUGUUACGAGUAGAGUUAAAUCUCCCCCGGCGAUGACUGUUACCAGUGCAGCCCAAACUCCCCUAGCAAUUCCUGUUGCCAGCAGAGUCAAAUCUCCCCCAUCAAUGCCAGUUAACAGUAGAGCUAAAUCUCCCCCAUCAAUGCCAGUUAACAGUAGAGCUAAAUUUACCCCAGCAAUGCCACUUACCAGUAGAGUCAAAUCUCCCCAAUCAAAGCCUGUUACUAGUGCAGCCAAAACUCGCUCAACAGCCACUGAACCACCAGAAUCAGCUGGAUCACCAAAUGGAUCCACUGUGCCAAUGAUCUCAGCACAACCACCUCCAAACGGACAAACUGCACCGAUGAUUUCAGCACCACAAGCACCUGCAAACACUGUGCGAACGCCAAUGAUUUCAUCACCUCAAUCUCCAUUGACCCUUAGAUACCCAGACUCUCCUAUAAUUGGCUUACGUAAAGUUCUAGCACCAUUGAUAGAGCAUCAAAGGACCCCUACAUCCCAAAAACCUAAAGCCCUGUCGACAUAUUACGGACUGACUCCGGCUGAGUAUGUUGCCUAUGGUGGGAUCCGGACAUACUAUGGUUCUUCUGGACCUAAAGUUAAUGAAUCAACACCAUCACCAUCCCCUGCACAGACUAAUGGAUUACCAAAUGGGCCUCGUCCUCCUUUUAUCUCUAAGCCUGAAACAUCCCUCACAGAAUCAAACACUCCCAACAGUGAACAACAAAAACAUACCUUGCCAGGGAAGCAUUCUACUGUUCCAGCACCUUCACCUGCAACUGGCUGUUCUCAGACACCAACAGAUAAGGUAGCCAUAUCUAAACCCAAUGCAUCAGAAGUUAAUAAAUCUGAAGCACCUGCUAAUGCAAUACAAACUGAUAUAACACCUACUGUGGACAUAACAAAACCUGAACUUCCAUUGGCCUUGGGACAGCUAACUCUUGCCCCAGCCACCAGUGAAGACCCCACACCAAAGGCCUCUCAUUCUGAGGCUCCAAGACCAGCACCUGAAGCAGGUGUGGUACACACAACCAGACCAGCUCCAUUUCAAAUAGAGGCUCAGCUAAAUGAAACUCCUUCAUUCCCGAUAUGUAGGAAUGUUGUGUCAAAGUCCCCGUUUCCUUUCAGCAUUCCAAAUGCUGAAGUUUCACAAAAUCCAACUGUAGCAAAUAUUCCCCAGCACAGUGGAAAGUCAGAGGCAGAUUCCACAGUCAUGCGUCUUCCUGUCAAGGCUAAUAUUAGCACAGACACUAAACUGCCCAGCAAAACUGUCACAGGAGCCCAAGUCCCCAACAACCCUGACAUAGGAAGCCAACUCCCCAGCCAACCUGUCACAGGAGCCCAAGUCCCCAACAACCCUGACAUAGGAAGCCAACUCCCCAGCCAACCUACUGCAGCAGCUAUACGACCAGGCAAGCCUACCAUAGACACCAAACUACCUAGCAAGCCUGGUGUGCCAACCAUAGGAACUCAACUCCCUCAUACACCUACCAUUGAAAGACCUACCAUUGAAACAGGAACCCAAGUCCCCACCAAACCUACUGUAGAAAACCAACAAUCAAGCACACCUACCAUUGGAACUAAACUUCCUAGCCCACCUACCAAAAUAGAACAACUUCCCAGCCCACCUAUCAUAGUAGCCCAACUCCCUAGUGCACCUAGCAUAGUAACCCAACUCCCUAGUGCACCUAGCAUAGUAACCCAACUCCCUAGCGCACCUAGCAUAGUAACCCAACUCCCUAGCGCACCUAGCAUAGUAACCCAACUCCCUAGUGCACCUAGCAUAGUAACCCAACUCCCUAGUGCACCUAGCAUAGUAACCCAACUCCCUAGCGCACCUAGCAUAGUAACCCAACUCCCUAGCGCACCUAGCAUAGUAACCCAACUCCCUAGCGCACCUAGCAUAGUAACCCAACUCCCUAGCACACCUAGCAUUGUAGCCCAACUCCCUAGCGCACCUAGCAUUGUAGCCCAACUCCCUAGCGCAGCUAGUAUUGUAGCCCAACUCCCUAGCGCACCUAGCAUAGUAACCCAACUCCCUAGCACACCUAGCAUAGUAGCCCAACUCCCCAACACACCUACCAUUGAAACUAAAUUCCCUAGCACGCCUACAAUAGCAACCCAAAUCCCCAACAAGCCUUCAAUAGAACCUGUACUACCUGGCAAGUCUACCCCAGAAAAUAUUCUGCACAGUGUCAUGCAGUACUAUGCAAACCAUACCAUGAAGCAUUUUGUAGAAACCAACUCCCACAAAGCGACUGAACGCAGACAAUCUACAAAGCCUACCAUUGAUGAAAAACCUUCCACCAAGUCCACCACUGAAACAAGAUUCUCAGCCAGCUCUACGAACGAAGGCCUCAGCCUCUGUAAAAGCCCCGUCCACAAACAGAGGAAUGUCAUCGCCAUCUCAGCCAAAGACUGGACAGACAGACAAGGAGUCUCAGCCAAAGACUGGACAGAUAGAAACAGAAUCUCAGCCAAAGAAUGGACAGACACAGAGAGACACAAUGGAAGUUGUGGAAGCCAAUGCAUCAGGUGCACAAGGGAAAGCAGCCACACCUCAAGAGACACCCUCUACGAAGCCUACGACAUCAACUGCAUCUUCGACUGUUGACAAGGUAGACAAGGUAGACAAGCCCCGGGCUCCAACCGCUAAACCUAGCCCUGCUAAGGCUGCACUGAAUGCAAUGAAACCUAAAAGUCUGAAGG